GUCAUGAGAGGGUGGUAGGCCGCUGCUGUAAACAUUGAAAUGAAGAAGACUAACUUCUACAAGAGGACCCAGAAGGUACUAGAAAGGAAACCAUCCAACGCUGUCACGACGCUUUUUUGCAAGAUGGGAAGAAAUGCCACCACAUGAUGGCGCCAUACUGGAAAAAAAGGAACAUCAAUGCUGCUGAGGCAUUGAGCCAGAGGAGCAGAGGUAUCAGUGGAAGUCUCACAAGGCUUAAUUUGAAAGUCCUGAGGGACAUCCUUGUGCAGGAGAACAGGGAUUUUUCUAAAGUGUGCAGCAAGACCUCAAAAUCCCAAAUAAUGUACGAAAAUGGUAAAAUCUACCUUGAAAAUUACGUGAGAUGCUACAACUGUGUUCAUUCCAAGCCGCACAUUCUCUACAAUUUGCCCAAACGAUGUAAAACUGAGAAAUUUGAAGAUGCCUUGCUGUGUCAGUGCCCACUUGAAAAUACAUUGGCAUCUCCUUCUGAUCAGAAGUCCAGCCUCCUUGCUUUGACCGGUAAUAAUUGGUUGUAUCGCUUAUCAGAUGCAACAGGACAGGAGCUGGAGGGAGUUUUCCUGUCUUCAAAACACAAGUUUAAGUACCUAAGCUGGGAUGUUUCACAGGAGAUUUUCUAUGUUAAAUCUGUUCAAAGCAAAGACAACCCCCGAGCACGACAGGCCGGUAUCACACAAAGCACAGUGGCGCAGCUUGCUAUUUUUCAAAUGUUCCCCUUGCAAAUUGUGGGCAUAAUGGAAGUCAACAAACAGGUGUUUGGGAGUGGCGUUACCGACGUUGCUCUAUCCCAGGGGGUCCUUGUCGUGUCAUACAGCAGGGCUGUCAAGUUGUUUAGUUUUGAGCACAUUGUGAAAAAAUACAUGAAGGAGAGAUUAGCACUUGGAAUGGCAAGUACACUUCUCAAAGGCAAAAAAGUGGGAGAAUUUCCAUUUGGCAUUCCUGUAAAUAUCCAGAUUACAGAGCGUCCUCCUGUGCUUUUUGAAGUGCCCUGCUCCAAUACUGGUGUGCAGAUUGGAGGGUUCCCUUGGCACUAUAUUCACACACCACCACAGAAGCGUCACCAAGGGACUCACCACAUUUGCUCACUCAGAAACAGGACUAUGGCCACUAAUGGAAUCCAGAAUAUGAACUGUUGUUCUUUAGAGAGCGAUGUGAUUUUCUUGCAUCCUGACGACUCGGGAAGAAUUAUUCAUGUGGGGCCCAGCACUAUAAACAUUCUAAAAAUCCUUGGUGGGUUGUCAUCAAAGGUAGUUGAAGAUUUCUCGAUGUCAACUCGUCAACACAACAUUCCCACUUCACAAGUCACUGUCACCUCUUCGGGGCGCACAGUGAAGAGACGAAUCCAGCAGCUGGAUGAUGACCCAGAUCAGGAGACUUUCCGCAUGGUGGAAUACGAGGACGAGCUGGACCUUUUAGCAGUGGUGGUCACCAACGGUGCAGACGGGGAAGGAAGAGCUCGGAUCCAACUGCAUGACAACCAGAGUGGAUGUAUAUUGAAGACCGUUGACCUGUCAGAAACCUGGGAUGAGACCUUCCGACAUGACCUGGUCUUCGACAAGGACACAAUUGUUCAUAUUGAACAAAAGGACACCAACGUCUGCUGCCAUGUCUACAAGCUCCAGGCCGCCAACAUAUGAAAGCUGCAAGGAAAUGUUUGACUACUGUGUGUGUGUGUGUGUGUGUGUGUGUGUGUGUGUGUGUGUGUGUGUGUGUGUGUGGGAGACAGUUUUUUAUUGGGGUCGGACAGCUUGCUCAGUGGCACGUCGGCAAUAGUCCAUAAGAAGAUUAGUAUUUCAGUUGUUUGUUUUUGGUUAAUCAUCAAGACAAAUAAUCUUAGUACACUCAACCUGACCACCAACAUGAAAGAAUGUCGGGAGCGAUUUAUCUGUGUGUGUGUGUGUGUGUGUGUGUGUGUGUGUGUGUGUGUGUGUGUGUGUGUGUGUGUGUGUGUGUGUGUGUGUGUGUGUGUGUGUGUGUGUGUGUGUGUGUGUGUGUGUGUGUGUGUGUGUGUGUGUGUGGGAGACAGUUUUUUAUUGGGGUCGGACAGCUUGCUCAGUGGCACGUCGGCAAUAGUCCAUAAGAAGAUUAGUAUUUCAGUUGUUUGUUUUUGGUUAAUCAUCAAGACAAAUAAUCUUAGGGCGGAAAUGAAGGGCCUCACACUGUUCCAAUGAGUCACAGGAAGUUGAAGUAUUUUGAGAACUGCAGCCAGCAGAGUGGAUGAGGAAAAUAGAAAAAGCCUUUUGCAGGGCUUCAGUGCUCUAUCGUUUUUCAUUAUAAAAUACAGUAUACAUACAGUACAGGCCAAAAGUUUGGACACACCU